UUAACAAGCAUGCGCUGUUCUAUUCUUUAUCUUCUUAAUGAUUUCUGCUGUUUGUUUUUUUUUUUUUUUUAGUUUUUUGGGGUAAAAGAAACCAUUGUAGUCGCUAAAGGGUCAUAGUAACAUGUAGCUUGCUGACUAAAACGAUCAGUGGUGUUCGUUCACCUUUAACACACUCCAUGCUGUAAUGAAGUUAACUGCAGCACAUUCCAGUCUUACUUUCAUACAUUUGACAGUUUCAGAGAAUUGGUGUCAAUUGACUUUUUUUUUUUUUCUUUCAGAUUGGGUUGUGGAUUGUGUUGUCUUAUUUUUUUUUUUUAUAUCGCUAGUGUUUUUAUAUAAAGUGAUGUGAUGUCUAUUUUAAAACAGGGCUUAUGUAAUGGAUGAUUUUGAUCUUGUGUCACAACUACUUUAUUUUGAAGCAUUACAGAAGGCAGUAUUAAACAAGAGAAAGUCAUGAGAUGGAGGAGUAGUGUGAAAAGGAAAAGGAAUCGGUUGAAAACAAAAUGCCUUCAUUUCUUCUCAUUUCAUGCAUUUUAUACAUUUUUGUUAGAAGUAUGCAUUCUGGUGCUGAAAAAUCAAGUAUCCUGUCAUUGGAGCAAAUACCAAACCCCUUCCUUCAUGUGUCACAGUGACUUGUGUUCACAGAGAGAGAAAACAGGCAAUGCUGCACCAACUAUUCCGCGUAGGUAAACGCGUCUUUAAAGAAAAAAUGUUUUGGUGUUAACCUUUUCAGUAUAUCCAAAUGUAUAAAGCUAUUUUGUAGUUUUGUUUCAUUCUUCAGAGUUAAUGAAUAUCUAAAUGUAAUGAAACUGAUGCUAGAACACUAACACUGAGAAGAACACAUUAUUUUGAUGGCUUUGUAUUACACUGUUGUCAAUGUCCUAUUAUAUUGCAAUAAUAACAUUGACAUGGCAGUCCUUCCUGUUUGGUCUUUCCUAAACACAACACAAUGCUCUACAGUUUUAAGAUGGGAUUACAUUCAAACUUAACACUGGUUUGGUGUGUCAAAAUACGUAUUUAGAUCAGAUGAUUUAACACUUGUUAGCUGCUUUCUGUUUUUUGUGUGUUUAAAAAGGGAGGGACAAUGCUGUGAUCCGCUGGAGUGUUUUCUAACAUUCACAGAAACCACCCCUGGCUGUGUUUGUGUUUCUUCUCACUCCUGUGUCCUCCUGAAAUAUUUGACAUUUAAUGAGAAAUCACUUUGGCUGUCAGCAGGCCAUCAGAGGUAAUGUAAAUAGACACACCUCAGUAAACUUGAUACUGCUGGUCAAGCUCAGUGGGUCACCUCCAGGCCUUUGUCCCAGUUCAACACUGAAUACCUUUUGCAGUAUGUUUAGAUUAUGAAUGUUGCCAGGAAGUCUUUGCAGCUGUUUUGAGUAAUGUUUACCUUCUUCCAUCACUUGUCUUACAGCCGUACUUCAUAUGUUUGUUCUUUUCACUCAAAAAUAGGCCAAAAACUGCCAGAGCACUUUCAGCAACAUCCUUGUUUUGUAUUAUAAAGAGGAAAAACGUUGCCUUUUUGACUCCGCUGGAGUCUGUCCUGUUUCACAGAGCCUUGUUGUGGCUGACAGAUGAGGGGUAAUGACGUCCUUUAUUUACUUCAAGUGAAGUAAACCUGUUCUUCAAGUCCCUGUUGAUGUAUAACCCUCGUUGCUUAUUAACAGUGUCCAGAUUACUCUGUGGACUCACUGCAGUCAGACAGGAGCACCUUUUCCAAACCGUGUACUUUCUGCAACAAACAACCACAGCUAUAAAAGCAGACCCCCUGCCAACACAGGAACCAGCCAUGGCGUUGCGCCCACGUGCAUCCUCUCAGCCGGGAAAACCGUCCUUCCUUCUUCCCAAGGUGGCUUCAGGCUCUCGACCACGGGCUGUUUCCUCGCGCUCUGGCUCCAUGCUGGAAGAGGAACUGUCUUGUUCUGUAUGCUGUGAGAUCUUCAAAGACCCCGUGGUGCUCAAGUGCAGCCACAGCUUCUGCCGAGCCUGUCUGCAGCAGUUCUGGAACAAGAAGAAGGCCAGACGCGAGUGUCCCAUUUGCAGGAGAAAGUGCUCCCUGACAGAGCCCACGGUUAGCCUGGCACUGAAGAACGUGGCCGACACUUUCCUGAGGGAGCAGGAUCGCAGGGCGGCGGGAAAAGAGGAGGGGGCCCACGGGCCAGGGGAGCAGGGAGGUAUAGUGGAGGUGAAGUGCAUCACACAUGGGGAAGUUCUCAAGCUCUUCUGUCUGGAUGACUUUGAACCCCUCUGCUGUGUGUGUCACACUUCCAAAAAGCACCAGGGACACAGAGUGUGCCCCUUGGAAGAGGGAGCGCAGGACCUCAAGGCAGAGCUGAAAAAAGAUCUGAUUCCUCUGAAGAAAAACCUGCGUAGCCUGUAUGAAGCCAAGCAGGAGUGUGAUGACACAACUGUGCACAUCAAGGACCAGACUGAGGCCACAGAAAAGCAGAUGAAAAAGGAGUUUGAGCAGUUGCGGGAGUUCCUGAAGAAGGAAGAGACAGCUCGACUGGCUGCCCUGCAGCAGGAGGCCGAGGAGAAGAGAGAGCUGGUGAAGAGAAAGUCAGAGAGCAUCACCAGAAGUAUUCUCACCUUCUCUCACGCUGUCAUUGGCAUUGAGAAUGAGAUUGCUUCCAGUGACGCUCUCUUCCUUAAGAAUUACAGCAACACAAAGAAAAGAGCACAGAUCCCACCGAAUGAUCCAGAAAAAGUGUCAGGUGCUCUUAUAAAUGUGGCCAAGCAUGUCAGUUCCCUCAAGUACCAUGUGUGGGAGAAGAUGGCGGAGCUGGUUCAGUACACACCCAUCACCCUGGACCCCAACACUGCCUACCCCUGGUUGUCCCUCUCUCCAGACCUCACCUGUGUCACCAACAGUGGAUGCCUCCAGAAGCUCCCGGACAAUCCUGAACGUUUCGGCCACUUUGUGUUCCUUCUGGGCUCGGAGGGCUUCACUUCGGGCCGCCACGCCUGGGAGGUGGAGGUGGAAGACAAGGCAGACUGGAUGCUCGGGGUGGUCAAGGAGUCCAUCGACAGGAAAGGCCGCAUCUCAGGCUGUCCCGAGGGCGGCUUUUGGAUGAUCUCGCACUCCGAUGGUGACUAUUUGGCCAUGACGAGGCCCAGCAACCCACUGCAUCUGCAGGGAGAGCUGACCCGAGUCAGGGUGCAGCUGGACUACGACUCCGGAGAGGUGACCUUCUCCAACCCUAUUAGCAUGCUGCCCAUCUACACCUUCACCGACUUCUUCACUGAGAAGAUAUACCCCUUCUUCUGCCCUGGAGCCAACAUCAAUGGGAAUAAUCCCAAACCGCUUAAGAUCUGCCCCGCCAAUGUGGCUGUGUGGAACAGUGCCACGUGGUGAUUUGAAAAAAACAA